AUGGCGUACAGUGGACUCACCGUGCCUCUCAUAGUUAUGAGCAUGUUCUGGGGCUUCGUGGGCUUCUUAGUGCCCUGGUUCAUCCCUAAGGGUCCUAACUGGGGGGUUAUCAUCACCAUGUUGAUCACCUGUUCAGUUUGCUGCUACCUCUUUUGGCUGAUUGCAAUUCUGGCCCAGGUCAACCCUCUCUUUGGACCACAGUUGAAAAAUGACACCAUCUGGUAUCUCAAGUAUCACUGGCCUUGA